GACGCGCCCGACGAGUUCGUCGACCCGCUGACGUGCGCGAUGAUGACGGACCCCGUGGCGCUGCCGUCGGGCCAGGUCGUCGACAACUCGACGAUCCAGCAGCACCUCCUCAACGAGCUCACGGACCCCUUCUCGCGCACGCCCAUGGAGCCCAAGGACGUCACGCCCCUCCCGGACCUCAAGGCCAAGAUCGAGGCCUGGCUCGCGGACGCGCGCGCGAAGCGCAAGCGAAGCGCC